AUGUCUGCAACGAACCCCAUCAGCUCCCUGUCAUCCAACGACAGCUACUCCACCGUGAGCGCGUUCGAAGUAGCGCGUCCUGCGGAUGGACAGAAGCGGCUGCUGCUCUUCAGCCUGUGCUUAACCAUCGCGGUUGCCACAUUCGCUGGCGGCGUGUUUUCCUUACUGUCUCUGAUUCGCAUGCGGAGGAAGACUUCCUUAUGCCUCAUCGUGGCUUCAUUGUCCAUUGACGACCUCCUCAGCGUGGUGCCUCUGUCCCUGUUCAUGCUGCUGCAGUGGCAGAGGCAAGAGAGCUCCGGGGGACUGUGCACUUUGUCUGGACUUUUGUACGUGUUCCAGGGCGUCUCAAGCAACAUGAAAGCUUGUCUUAUUGCUGCUUACACCUUUUAUGUGACCAAGAGGUUCGGGGCACUCCAUUCAUCCCGCCACCAGCCCCUACGAGUGACCUCGGCAAUAGUGGGCGUGUGGGCAGUCAGUCUGGCCGUGAGCAUGUUGCCUCUUUGUGGCUGGGGUAGUUUCGCUCCUGCGUCUCUUGGAUGUUUUCCGGAGAUAGACAGUUUUUACAUCCUGCUCCUCUUAUCAGUGUACUCCCUGUGUUUUUGUGGGUUGCUUUUUUUCUUUAUCCCUCUCACUUACCAUCUGCUGUGCUCCCGGGAGUCACAGAGGGCUCUGCUGUACCCCACUUACCUCGACAUGGCAGAGGGAGUAACCGCGUCUUCGCACCUCUGUCUUGACAACCCCAACCAAAGUUUGGGCUUUUAUAACGAGCUGAGUCCCAGCUCCUGUGGGACAAUGGGCUCAAAGCUGAGGGACAGAAAGGACAGCGGCCUGUCCCCAGUGUGUGCCGGCGCGCACAGGGAAGGGGGUGUAGGUGACGUCCCAAUGCUGUUCGCUCAGAAGCGCUUCUCUAUGGUGCUGGCAGUGCUUAGAGUCAUUCUCUGGAUGCCUAUAAUGACCCUGGUGCUGGUGAGACAUGCGAUAAACGCUCGCAGUUUGUCCCUGGAAACUCUGAGCUUCUUCCUGACUCUGCUGGCCCCAGCCAUGACCCCCCUGUUUGUUCUGUCGGAGCGCUGGAUACACAUGCCCUGUGGCUGCUUCAUCAACUGCAAAAGAGACCCCAGGCACCACAAUUCAGUGGUGAAAACAGGACUUGAGUUUAACCUGUCUUUCCAACAAGGUUACGGUGUCUAUAAGCUUUCCCACGCUGCUCUCUCUCCUCCAUCUCCUCCCAGUCAGAAGCUUCCAUACCACAGCCUCUUCAACUGUGGCUUGUCGAACCCAGGCCUGGCCACUUUGCAAAGACCAGGGCCGUGUUUUGAUUUCAGCACCCCUAAUCCUCUGGACAGCUCCUCUCGUGCAGAUUUGCUCUUGGAGGCUGAGGCUCACGGGGCUGGAUGUUCUUCUCUCCCUCAUGAAGACCACCAGAUCAACAAUGACUUCCGCUGCAUUCCGUCACAGCAGUUGGGCUUCACAGAUUCGUCCUCGGUGUUCGAAGGGCCGGAGAGGAGACUGUCCCACGAGGAGUGUCGAAAAAUUGAGUUGACCGAUUGGGAAUGGUGCCGAAGCAAGUCAGAGCGGACUCCUAGACAGCGAUCAUCAGAUGGACUGUCAAUCCCGCUCUGUGCUUUCCAGGGCACAGUCUCCCUCCAGGCCCCAACGGGAAAAACACUCUCACUGUCCACCUACGAAGUCAGCAGUGACAUGCUCCGGAUAUCCCCCAACAAUGGCAAAAAAGUUGAAGUGUAUCGCUCCAAAUCCGUCGGCCAUGAGCCAAGUCCUGAAGACCCGAUGUCGGGCGGCCAUGCGGUGGACGUGAACGUGAGCAAUGUGGGCACGAAUGUGAAGAUCCACCUUGAAGUCCUGGAGAUCUGCGACAAUGAAGAAGCUCUGGACAGUGUGUCCAUCAUCUCCAACAUCAGCCAGUCCUCCACACACACCCGCUCUCCUUCUCUGCGAUAUUCAAGGAAAGAAAACCGCUUUGUGUCCUGUGAUCUGGGAGAAACGGCAUCCUACUCUCUACUCAUCCCCAGCGCGAUUAACCCAGAGGCAGAAAGUAUCAAUAUCUCCAUACCGGAUACUGUGGAGGCACACCGACAGAACAGCAGGCGCCAAAUAGAAGAGAGUGUGGGGUACCAUGAAGAAAUACAGCAGCUGAAUGAGGCCUAUAGGAAACAGGCUGAGGAAGAAGACCACUGCUGA